AUGGUUUUCGUCGGUAUCCCCAAGAAUUACACCCAGUCCCCGUCCUCCUUCGGCGGGACUCCUGCCUUGACCAUCAAUCAUGAGGCCGCUCAGGAUCUUGACUCCACCAAUGCCUUUGAAGGUCCUGAGAAACUGUUAGAGGUGUGGUUCGCCCCAUCUGCCAAUGAACUAGGUGCUGCAGGCCCUGAGGGCCUGAAGAAGGUGCCCGGCGAGAUUUGGAAAGAUAUGCUGGAUCUGGUCAAUUGUCAAGUUCUUUCCGUGGUGUCCUCCGAUGAUGUGGAUGCCUACCUACUGUCCGAGUCCAGCAUGUUUGUCUGGCCACACAAGCUCAUCCUGAAGACCUGCGGAACUACCACCCUGCUCUCAGGUCUACCUCGUAUUCUGGAGAUCGCUGCCAUGUUCGCAGGCUUUCCUCGUGCAACCGCCCCAGCUUCUCGUGGUAUCACGGUCGCAGCUGCUCCCUACCGCGUCUUCUACAGCCGCAAGAACUACCUGUUCCCUGAUCGCCAGCGUGGCCCUCACCGUAGCUGGCGUGAUGAGGUUCGCAAUAUGGACCAGUUGUUCCUCAAUGGAAGCGCCUACAUGAUUGGCAAGAUGAAUGGAGAUCAUUGGUAUCUGUACCUCACCGAUCCUAACACUAUGCUCACACCUCCAGCCAGUCCCACUGAGCAAGUUACCUUCAGGGAGACUGAGACCAAGGUUAUCAGCUUCCCUAAGGACGCUCCGGUUGCUGACUGUGAUGAGUAUGACGAAACUCUGGAGGUCUUGAUGACCGACCUGGACGAAGAGAAUGCGAAACAAUUCUACCUGGAUAACGCCAUUGCCACGGCUGAGAAGAACUACCGCAACUUUGACAAAGAAGAAGGCGUUGAACAUGUCGAUGUCUUCAGCAACGGCUCUGAUCUGGAUGAUCCUCUUGUUCCUGGUGACCGUGUUUUGCCACCUGAGUUGACCACCGAAGGCCACGCCCUCGGAACUGUUGUCUCUGAAGGCUGCGGUCUCUCGGAUGUUUACCCUAAGAGCAAAUUCCCGGAUGCACGUAUCGAUGCAUACUUGUUUACACCCUGUGGCUUCUCUGCCAACGGUGUCAUUCCUUCUCCAGAGAGCAAGGCCCCGACUCACUAUUUUACUGUGCACGUCACACCAGAGCCUCACUGCUCGUAUGCAUCCUUUGAGACCAAUGUUCCGCACUCGCAGAAUGGCAAAGCGACUGCCGAUAUCAUUCAGCAAGUUGUGGACAUCUUCAAGCCCGGCCGUUUCAGCAUCACCUUGUUUGAGACUAAGCCCGGUACUGAGGAUCCUGAGAAUGAUACCAACGGCUUCCAUGAAGUGCAAGCGCAGCGCCAGGCUCAGCGCCACAACCCCAAGAACGAGCACGUUGAAGGUUACCGUCGUGUGGACCGUAUCGUCCACGAGCUCAAUGGAUACGACCUUGUGUUCCGCUACUACGAGCGCAACGGCUGGAAAGGGGGGGCACCCCGGAUUGGUGAGAAGUUUUAA